ACACAGUUCGACCAAUCACAGUGAAGCACCGGCGCAAGUCAACCAACCACGGAUCAUCUUUAGUGAGUUUGACCGUCCUGCGGCUGAACGGUAUUUCAGAGAGAAAUCAGCGCAUCCUCUUCAUCAUGGCCUCUGGAGCUUUGUUUCCCAGCAUGGUGUCUGGGUCCCGCGGCUCCUCCAGCAAGUACCUGGUGGAGUUUCGGGCCGGUAAGAUGACCAUGAAGGGCAGCACGGUGACCCCCGACAAGCGUAAAGGUCAGGUCUACAUCCAGCAGACCGACGACUCCCUCAUCCACUUCUGCUGGAAGGAUCGGACGACCGGGAAUGUGGAUGACGAUCUAAUCAUCUUCCCUGACGAUUGCGAGUUCAAACGGGUGAACCAGUGCACCACUGGACGAGUUUAUGUGUUGAAGUUCAAAGCUGGAUCCAAAAGACUCUUCUUCUGGAUGCAGGAGCCAAAGACCGACAAGGAUGAGGAGUAUUGCCGCAAAGUGAACGAGUAUCUGAACAACCCGCCCAUGCCCGGUGCUCUUGGCAGCGGCAGCAGUGGAGGACAUGACCUGUCUGCUCUGGGAGGUGAGGGUGGUUUGCAAAGCCUUCUGGGUAACAUGAGCCACAACCAGCUCAUGCAGCUCAUUGGACCAACUGGACUGGGCGGGAUCGGUGGCCUCGGGGCGCUGGCCGGUCCAGGCUUAGCCAACCUCCUGGGCAGCAGCAGCAGCAGCGUUCCUGCAGCCAGCAACUCCUCAACAAGUCCGUCCACAGCCGUCACCCCCACCUCUACCUCUGCCGCCAGUCGGCUCGGUUCCUCCCAGGUGCCCACCACUCCCAUCACCCCCUCCACCACCUCGGUGGCCUCCCCCACAGCCACCACCCCCUCCACCCCCGCCGUGUCCUCUCUGGCGGCGGGGGCGGCCAACCCCACGCAGCCCAUCCAGCUGAGAGACCUGCAGAGCAUCCUGGCCACCAUGAACGUGCCUGCCAGCGGCCAGGGAGUGGACCUUGCCAGCGUCCUGACGCCUGAGAUCAUGGCUCCCAUCCUGGCCAACCCUGAGGUGCAGCAGAGGUUGAUGCCCUAUCUGCCGUCUGGAGAGUCCCUGCCUCAGAGCUCAGAGGAGCUCCACAACACGCUCAGCUCGCCUCAGUUUCAGCAGGCAAUGAGCAUGUUCAGCAGCGCUCUGGCGUCCGGGCAGUUAGGGCCUCUAAUGAACCAGUUUGGUUUGCCUGCAGAGGCUGUCGAUGCAGCCAACAAAGGAGAUGUGGAGGCCUUUGCCAAAGCCAUGGAGACGGAGACAAAGUCGGACCAGGACGGAGACUCCAAAGACAAGAAAGACGACGAUGAAGACAUGAGUUUGGACUAAGAACUCCCAGCGUUAUUAUUUAAUGUAUUUAUUUAGCUGCUUCUGCUGUUUUUGUUACUGUUAACACAUUAAGGAUAAGGACUGUGGUUAAUAUAGUAGAAACUGUGACUAAAGACUCCCUCUGAGCUGAUCGUGCUGUGUUCAUCCUGCGACAGUGUGUUGAUUUAAUAUAUACUGAUUUAACUGAAUGAACAUGUAUUCUUCCUGCAUGUCAGCUAGAAGCCCAUCCUGUCCUAACACAAGGAAACAGUAAAGUGUUGAGAAAACACGCUCA